CUUUUUUUUUAUUUUUAUUUUUUUCGCUAUUCGGAUCCCACCUCUACUUUGGUGUUUAGUGAGAGAGAAAGAGAGUGUGUCUGCUUAUCUCAUCUCCUCCUCCUCUAAAGGAUUACUGUCAGCCUCUGCAAAUUUUUUCUUAAAAAGUACUAGUAACAAAUUAUCUUUGUUCUACAUAUUACACUAAAUAUAUAUAUAUAUAAUCACUAGUAUAUAAAAAUACAUAAAAAGUAAUAUAAUAUUCGAUGCUGCUGUAAGGAUCUAUCUCUGUCUCAUCAACCCCCAAAAGCUACAUUUGCAUAGCAUCCGUCGGUCUCUCUCUUUGUUGAUUUAGUCAAAUGCCACUGCUUUUUUUGCACCUACUUCAUGUGAUCCUGGUACUAUAAUCAUGAUUUACCUCAAGAUUUUAGGGUUUUACGGUCUGUCUCUUGGUCUGGGGUGAUUGUUGCUGAGUAUUUAAUGCGGCUGCAUGCUUCUAAAAAUCAAGAGGAAAAUGCUGGCAUUACCGGGUCUUUCAAGAUUUGCCCAAGAUUCUGUGUGUUUCAACUGAAAUAUAAACAGUCAGGUACUAAAUCUCAAGUCUCUCUCUCCCAUUCGAUUAUUGCUACUGAAUCUGCGUUACUCUUCUUCUGGGUGCAAUUUUGGAACUAUAAUAAUUGCUGGAUUAGGCAUUCCUUUUCUGCGAGAUUCGACUGGUUUUAUAUUCUUUAAAAAUCACUUCUGCUAUCCGCAACUAUGCUGAAAUGCUGAAAAAGAACAAGGUUCAGGGUUUUACUUCAUUUGAGACAUUAACUAAAAUGCUGCAAAGAUCCCUCAGUCUCUGAGCACUUCUUUUACAAGUAUUCUAAAGUGAGGGCAAAAGAAAAAAGAGGUAGUCCGAGCCUGGGAGGGCUGCAACGUUUGAAACCUUCAAAGCUGCUUUUUGGAUGGAGACGAAUAUAUUUUUCCUUUACACAGUAUCCGUUGUGACAUAUUUGAGGAUGUAGACAUGACACCAGUAUGAAUUUGCUAAUCUGUGACUCGUGAUUUUGAAGCUUCUCUCGAGAAUUUACUGCAUAGCGUCCGUUAUACCCUAUAUCUUUUUUGAAAUCUGAGGAAUUAAUUGUUGGCUUCUUUUUGAAUAUUGACUUUCUGGGUAUUUGACUGGGGAGUUUACAAGGGUAACAGAGUUGCAUUGGGCUGAAUUUCAGGACUGAAGCAUUGAUGGGACUUCUUGGAAGUCUCGCGAUGCUUGUCCUUUUGAUGUGGUUACUCAGGUUUCCGGAUCUCAUGGCUCAAUCUAUUAAUGCCUCUUCAACAAGCUCUGCACGAGCUCUUGAUGCUCUUCUCCAAGACUAUGCUUAUAGGGCUUUAGCACAUCCACGGACAGGAUUACCCUAUGAUGGGGUUGUUCCAUCAAAUUUGACUGGGAUUAGGAUUGCAGCAAUGAGGCUUAGGAGUGGUAGUUUGAGGAACAGAGGUGUGAAGAUGUACAAGGAGUUUGAGAUCCCCACUGGAGUUGUAGAGCAGCCUUAUGUGGAGAGACUGGUUUUGGUCUACCAAAACUUGGGCAAUUGGUCAAUGGUGUAUUAUUCACUUCCCAACUACACUUACCUGGCUCCUGUUCUGGGUCUUCUUGCUUAUGAUGCUUCUAACUUAUCUGCUAAAAAUUCGCCAGAAUUGGAUAUUAGGGCAUCUGGUGAUCCCAUCAAGAUCAAAUUCUCUGAUGUGCAAUCGGCACCAGAUGGGUCAGUUGCAAAGUGUGUUUGGUUUGAUCUACAUGGUUUGGUCCAAUUCAGCAAUUUAGCUUCAGGCAAUGAGUGUUCAAUGAUCCAGCAGGGACAUUUUUCUAUAGUUUCUGAGUCUAUUGCCCCUUCUCCAGCCCCAAUAUCUCCUUUGCCAUCAGGUGGAGGUGGAGCUUCAAACAUGCCAUCACCAAGUGCUCCAGAAAAUAAGACUAGUAGAAAGGUCUGGAUAAUUGUUGGUUCUGUCCUGGGUGGGUUGGCCUUAUUGGUCUCGUUGGCAUUCUUGGUACUGUGGUCACAGAAGUACAAGCAGAGGAAGAAAAUGCAUCAGAUGGAGCAAGCAGCAGAAGUAGGAGAAGCUCUACGUAUGACCUCGGUUGGGGAUGCAAAAGCACCAGCUGCAACAGUGACUCGGACUCAACCAACUCUCGAGAAUGAAUAUGUGCCCUAACUCCCUCCAACUUGUACAAGUUUUUUUUUCUCUUCCACCUGGCCAUUCCAUGAGUAUUCUUAUUUAAGUUCACUUCAUGUAUUCGGAUAUUAUUCAGCUCACACCUAUUUUUUGGCGUCUCCUUCCCUUUGUUUGUUCAUGGUAGGCUCUUGGUUGUAGUGUGGGCAGUAUAGGAUUUUUGUGUAAAUCUGUUAUCGCUCACAGAUCCUUCACAGUUUUAUGAUUCAUUGUGGUGUGCAUUUAGCCAAAAGUGAUUCCAAUGUGUUGAAUUUAGUUGUCCCAUUGACAAGGAAUAAAACUUCUUUUCUG